GCUGCGCGAUUCAGCUUUCUCCUUCUUACUACUCUUUUCAAUUAACCGGAGAGCUCCCUUGUGAUCUCGCCGGAAUAUACCUAACCUCCUCCACAACCUUCCAAAAUUUAAUUCUUAUUUAAACUUAAUUUCAUGAAUUCGACUCUUCACAAUAAUUGAGAAGAGGAACGAAACGAUGGAUGAUUAUUACACAGCUGAUGAUGAAGAGGAUUGCUAUUACUCCUCCGAUCAGGAGUCUCUGGGUGGGAUUGAUAACGACGAUUCCGAUUUUCACGCCUCCUCGUCUAAGAAAUCAUCCACUCAGGUGAUCACACAAGAAUCGCUUCUAGCAGCACAGAGAGAAGAUUUGAUGAGGGUGAUGGAGUUGUUAUCUAUUAAGGAGCAUCAUGCUCGGACUCUUCUCAUUCAUUACCAGUGGGAUAUUGAGAAGUUGUUUGCUGUUUUCGUUGAGAAAGGGAAAGAUAGUUUGUUUUCUGGAGCUGGUAUAACUGUUUUCAACUGUCAAUACGGCGACACUUCGUGUACUGGAUCUUCGAAGAUGUGUUGUGAUGUUUGUCUAGAGGAUGUGUUAGGUGAUCAGAUGAAGAGGAUGGACUGUGGCCAUCGCUUUUGCAACGAUUGUUGGACGGAGCAUUUCACUGUGCAGAUCAAUGAAGGUCAGAGCAAAAGGAUUAGAUGCAUGGCUCAUAAAUGCAAUGCUAUAUGUGAUGAAGAUGUUGUCAGGAGCCUUGUAAGUAAAAAGCGUCCUGAUCUAGCUGAGAAGUUUGAUCGGUUCCUUGUUGAGUCAUACAUCGAAGACAACAAGAUGGUCAAGUGGUGUCCGAGCACUCCCCAUUGUGGGAAUGCGAUACGAGCUGAGGAUGACAAGCUCUGCGAAGUGGAAUGUUCGUGUGGUCUUCAGUUCUGUUUCAGUUGUAUGUGCCAAGCACAUUCCCCUUGCUCUUGUUUGAUGUGGGAGCUAUGGAGAAAGAAGUGUAGGGAUGAGUCGGAGACUGUUAACUGGAUAACUGUACAUACGAAGCUGUGUCCCAAAUGUUCCAAACCUGUGGAGAAGAAUGGUGGAUGCAAUCUCGUGAGGUGUAUUUGUGGGCAGUACUUUUGUUGGCUAUGUGGUGGAGCUACUGGAAAGGAACACACUUAUAGGAGCAUCGCUGGUCACAGUUGUGGUCGGUACGAAGAUGACAAAGAAAGGCAGAUGGAAAGAGCCAAAAGGGAUUUAGACAGGUACACACAUUACCAUCACCGAUACAAAGCUCACACUGAUUCAUCAAAGCUGGAAGAUAAACUGAGGAAUACAAUCCUCGAGAAAGUGUCAAAGUCAGAAAAGAAAGAGCUGAAGCUCAAAGACUUCACCUGGGUCACCAAUGGACUCAACAGGCUAUUCAGAUCGAGAAGGAUUCUUUCGUAUUCGUAUGCUUUCGCUUAUUACAUGUUUGGUGAGGAGCUCUUCAAAGAUGAGAUGAGCACUAAGGAGAGAGAGAUGAAGAAGAAUCUGUUCGAGGAUCAGCAGCAGCAACUCGAGGGUAAUGUUGAGAAACUUUCUCAGUUGUUAGAGGAGCCUUUUGAUGAUUUUAGUGAUGAUAAAGUCAUGGAUGUGAGGAUCCACGUCAUCAACUUGUCUGUUGCGGUGGAUACCUUAUGCAAGAAAAUGUACGAGUGCAUUGAGAAUGAUUUGCUCGGUUCUCUACAGUCUGGUAUCCACAACAUCGCACCUUACAGCUCAAAGGGGAUCGAACAAGCAGCUGAGUUUCAUGCUUCUUGGAGUUCCAAACCUUUGGAUAGUAGUGGAGAGACAUCGAGGCCUGAGAGAGCUUCAGGAUCAAGGAACUCUGAAGACAUGGUUUGCUCUUCUUCUUCACAUAAACGUCCAAGAAGAGAAGGUUUCACAAACAGCAAAGUCACUUUGUUGGACUUGAACUUGCCUGCUGAUUUCGUUGACCAGAACUGAACUGAAGCUCAACUCAAAUCCCUUUUUUUUGUUUGUGUUUUGUCCAAAUGAUAUGACAUAGCAAAAAGGGUUUAACUAUAUCCCCCAAGAUUCAUGAGUCAUGAGACUGACUAAUUAUUAUUUUCCUUUCAUAUAGUUUUUGGUUUAUAUAUAUAACUCUUGUUUUGGACUUCUAAUAUAUAGAUCUCUGAUUCAGCUUAUGAGCUCUGUUACUUCUCAAUGCCUAUGAGAAAUGUAAAUUUGAAAGUCAAGAGAGAUAUUGG